CGGCGGGUCCUACUGUUGGCGCACUGUAGGCUCGUACCCAUCCUUUUCUGGCAAACGUUUCAAACUCCGUCGUGGCACUCCUCUCGUUCGCCAGAACGGCUGGGCGAACUGGCCCCCCUUUACCUUGGUCGACCCGUGGGAAACGGGACUUAGAGAAAUCGCGUUGUGCGCGAUUUCUCUUAGUCGUCCUCUGCCUGCGAUACCCAUGGUCUUUCUGUCAUGGCACGACACACGCCCGUUUAAGCAACCCAGCCUGUUUCUGCGUUCACGGCCUGCCAAUGUCCCGCCUACCCUGGAGUCGACCAAGCCCACAAUAAGUGAGAAGAGGUCCGCCGCGACCUCCAUGGCGGUCCCGGUUGACUCUCACACUGACCACCACCACCCCGGCCUCAACGAGCUCCGCCGUGCCGACGACGAGCUCCUCGCUAAGCUCGGCUACAAGUCCGAGUUCAAGCACGAGUUCUCGUUGAUUGAGACGAUUGCGUUCACCUUCUUUAUCAUGUCAUGGGUGUCAUCGUGUCCGUCUCCUCCACGUUCUCCUUCCCUCUCGAGUCCGGUGCAUGCCAUCCGGUGUCAAGUCCGUGCGACGUCUAAUGGGCGGAGAUGUAGGCGACACGUAGGGAUGGUCUUUGGGGGCUCAUCCCCUCCCUCAUCGUCAUGGCCGUCGCCGUCUCCAUGGCCGAGCUCGCAUCCUCACGCCGACGAGCGCCGGACAUACUACUUCUCUGCGAAGCUCGCACCCCCAAAGUACUCCGCACUCGCGAGCUGGAUCACCGGCUGGGCGAACAUCGCUGGCCAGGUGACACUCGUCUGUUCCAUCGACUUCAUCUGAUGAUUACGAGCGCGCCCGUGGUCGCCUCCGACAGUGUCUUUGUCCUCGGUACAGGCCCGACCUAUGGUAUAUUUCUCGCCAUCCCCUUCGUCCACGGCAUGGUAUGUGCACGACAAAUAUCCUCCUUGUCGGCAGAUCGAUGGUGACGCGCGUUCUCGAAGAAGGGUGGAGACGUCAUCAUGCAGGACAUGCAGGAAUCCUCACAUGCUGUCCCCCGCAACCCUGUACGUUGGCGCUGCCUGCUCCCAUGUCUGUCCGUUCGCCUAUGGAGAGCACAAGGGGCUGGAUAGUGCUUUUCCGGUUGUCUUUAUCCAUUCUAUCUACUUGGUUGUGCUGUAAUCAAUCUUCAAUGCAUCUGUGUCUUUGAUUCCCUACCUACAACAAUUGCUUUAUGGACUGGCACAAUGCGAGAG